AUGUCAGGACCUACGAACUUUGACCCCGAGAGGGUCAACCUCACUGAGUUUCAGUCCGUCACUGACCAACGUCUCAUCACCUGCUUUCUGACAACCGCUGGAAACCAAUACGACGGCCCCAUCGGCAUCAGAAUCGGCUCGAUAUUCGUGAUUCUCGUCGUCUCAACAGCGGUCACUUUCUUCCCCGUCGUGGCAACACGAAUCCCACGUCUGAGAAUCCCGCUCUACGUCUACCUCUUUGCGCGAUACUUCGGCUCAGGUGUCAUCAUCGCAACUGCUUUUGUUCAUCUGCUUGACCCUGCCUAUUCGGAGAUUGGACCAGCGUCUUGUGUUGGUAUGACUGGUGGUUGGUCUACUUACUCCUGGCCGCCUGCUAUUGCUCUCUCCGCGGCUAUGUUCACGUUUCUGUUUGACUUUCUUGCCGAUUACUACGUUCAGUCUCGCUAUGGGCUUCAGCACAAUGAUUCUGGGGUUGAGGAUACUAUUACUACUUCCGGUGCAGAUGGACAUCAGCAUCAUUCUGAUGACAGUUCAAACUCGAAUAGGCUCGUGAUCAAUGGUCAGCACGAUACGGAGGCGGCAACGUCGGAGAAACAACGUGGUGGCUACGCGGACUUCAAGGAACUCCAACACCUUGAUGGCGAUUCUGAAGAAACCGAGCUUGCAUUCAAGACCCAGAUCGCAGCCUUCCUCAUCCUCGAAUUCGGUGUUCUGUUUCACAGCGUCUUCAUCGGCCUCAACUUGGGAGUCGCAGAUACCUCCGACUUCGACACCUUAUUCCCUGUUCUUGUGUUCCAUCAAUCCUUCGAAGGCCUUGGCAUUGGAGCCAGACUCAGUGCCAUUCCUUUCCCAAACCGACUGCGUAGCAUGCCAUGGCUUCUGUGUCUCGCUUACGGCUUAACAACACCUAUCGCCAUUGCCAUUGGUCUCGGUAUUAGAAAGACGUAUGACAACUCAUCGUACACUGCGAACUUGGUUAAUGGUGUUUUCGACUCUAUUUCUGCUGGAAUUCUCAUUUAUACAGGAUUUGUGGAGAUGAUUGCCAGGGACUUUCUCUUCAACCGUGAGAGGACGAACGACAAGGUUCGGCUUGGGUUUAUGAUUGUCUGUCUCUUCCUUGGUGCCGGAAUCAUGGCUCUUGUAGGCAAGUGGGCUUAG